AUGACACCCAGAAUUCAUCUCGUUCGGCACGCAGAGGGAUACCAUAACCUCGGCUUCACGUACUGGAACAUUCCCGACCCGCUACUCACCAACCACGGAAAGCGGCAGUGCUUGGCGCUUCGUCAAAGCUUUGCUGCCAUGCCAUCGGUGGAGUUGGUGGUUAGUUCGCCUUUGCGUCGUGCUAUCUAUACCGGGAUUGAGGGGUUUUGCAGUGAGUGGGAGGGGCAGGAGCGGAAAUUGAUUGCUCUGCCGGAUUUGCAAGAACUGAGUAGUUUUCCUUGUGAUGUUGGGAGCAGUGUGAGUGAUUUGAAAGCCGAGAUGGAGGGGGAAAGAUUGCCGGUUGAUUUGAGCUUGGUUGGUGAAGCAUGGAGAGACAAGACGGGAAGGUUUGCACCCACGCGAGAAAGGAUCACCGCGCGGUGUGGAGAUCUUCGCCAUUGGCUGCACGCACGGCCCGAGAAGGAAAUCGUGGUGGUCUCACAUGGAGGUCUGUUACAUUUCUUGACUGAAGACUGGGAAGAUGGAUGCACAUUUGAAGGUACCGGCUGGCACAAUGCCGAGUUCCGCACAUACGAGUUCACCAGGGGAAUCCAAUUGGAAGAGACGCAGGAAUCCCGCCGGCGGCGCGGAAAGUCGGGACCGCCGCUGACUGGCCCGGAGCAGCAGGCGAUGCGGGAUCGGUUAAUGACUAGUCAGCUUACCCACUCGCACAACCUUGCAAAUCUGUACAUAGCAUCACCAUCACCUGCUCUCAUGUCCACGCGGGCGAGCAUCACUGCAGAUAAAGACUGCCCUAAAUGCCGAACCCGUCGCAUCAACUGCGACCGGGCAGUGCCGGCCUGUCGCAAAUGCAUUUCUCGUGGAUUCUCCUGUCCCGGCUACGGCCUCAUUCUCAAAUGGAACCAAGGCGUAGCCAGUAGAGGCCGACUGGCGGGAAGGCAGCUGCCUGUACUCGAUCAGGCGGUGACCAUGUCCGAACUGAUGCAUCAUUACCAUCAGCACGUAUCGGCGAAGCUGGCGUGGGUGGAUGGGCCCACGAACCCAUGGAGACUGGUCAUCAUUCCGCUGGCGGGGGCCUCUCCGACCGUCCUCCAUGCCGUGCUGGCCCUGGCUUCGGAAGACCUCGCGGCGAGAUUUCCGCCCGACCAUCCGCGCCGCCAGUGUUUGCAGAGGGUCUCGGAAUGCCGGCGGAACCAGGCGUUGACCUGGCUGGCGCAGUUGAUCCGUCGUAUGAGGGAAGAGGGUUCCUCCAGCGAGGCGCAGUGUGCCUUGGCUGCCACGCUGAUCCUCUAUAAUGUCGAGCUGCUCGGCGCGUCCACCCAGUGGCGAAUGCACCUGGAAGCUGCACGCGUCAUCCGUCAAUGGAAGGAGCAGGCUUUUACACAUCGCUCAGAGACGGAUGCCUUUUUGGUCUACGAGCAGUACUAUGCCAGUGUUUUUGCGGGACUUACAACAUUUGAUUCAUUGACCGACUAUGAGACGGGCCUUGAAUACGACAACAAUGCCAUCUUCAGUGACUUUGUCAGUAUCAUUAGCCAAGUGACGCGCCUCGAGCGACUGAAACACAAUCAGCAAUAUGCCGUUGAGUCUUCAUUGCUCGACACCAUGAUACAGGAUCUGGAGGCCGCCAAAGCGCGCAUGCUCCAACUGGGUUUCACGCUCCGCUGGCAGACAGACGAUGCGCGGACCAGUUUUCAGCACCUGGUGUGGAUCUUCUACUAUGCUGUCCUAAUCUAUGUCUAUCACGUACUGGCCGAUGGCUCUCUAGAUACAACCCUUCAGUCCUGGAGAGACUCGAUUCUUACCCAUUUAUCCCUUCUCCCGGACAAGCGUGCAUUUGCACAAGACCUGGUGUGGCCGCUGUUCAUUGCAGGCACCGAGUGUCGCGGAUGUCCACAGAAACAAGACAUUGUGGCCCACGAACUCGAACUGGUGAUGGAAAUUAGCGGCACGUUGGAUCGACGCAACGUGUUGUCGUUUCUGCGGCAGUUCUGGUCAGAGAGUAGCGGCACGUGGAUUCAACUCAUGCGACAGUCGCCAGAGCGGCGAAUGCUAAUACUGUGA